AUGCAGCGCGGGGAGAACGUCCUCUACCGGACGGGCUCCGAUGACGAGGGGACUCUGCUGGUAAUGACCGCCGGGCGAGCACGGGAGCUCAAUCCCGGCCGGUGCCGGCGAGGGAGGGCGCCGGCCGGGGGCCGCGGACGACGCGGGGCGGUGUGCGGGCCUCGGGGCCGCAGCGCUGAGGCGGCGCGGGCCGCCGGCGCCCUCCCUCCGCAGACGAGAGAGGCCCGGCCCACAACGCCCUCCGUCCAUCCUGCCACAAGACAGCCACAAAAUGGAGGAGGGAAGCAAAACCCCUCUCGAGAGCGUCUCUGCGCGGGGGCCGCUUCCUGCCUCGCCCGGUUCUCGUCAGCGCCCGGCCGCUCCCCCCGGCGCCUCGCCCCACUUCCCCCGGACUCCUCGCACCCCGUCCUGGAGCCCCUGGGACUGCUGUCCCCUCCAGUCCGGCACGCCCGCACCCCAACACCCCACCCUGCGCCCAGAGCUCGGGGGUCGGGCGGGGCCGGCGCCCGGCUGCGGAGGUCACGUGGCCCGCGCCGGCCAGUAGGCGCGCGGCUCGGGGACGAGCCCAGCCCCGCCGGGCGGCGGUCGGUCAGUCGGCUUUGGCGGCUCAAGCGAACGCGGAGGUGCGGAGCCGGCGGGCCUGUCGGGCAACGAGGUGCGGCCGCGCGUCUCUCCGGCCCCGCACGCCCCUGCUGCCGCGGCGCCUCGUGA